AUGCUUGCUAGGAAGGAGGAGGAGAACCUUGCUGCGAGGGCUUCCACGUCUAGAAGCCAUAAAUGGGAUCAUAUCCCUGAUGUAGUUUGGAAUAGAAUCUGGUCUAUUCAAUCCCUUCCUAAAAUCAAAGCUUUGCUGUGGCGCUCUUGUAAUGAAGCUUUGGCUACUGGAGCGGGGCUUCAGGCUCGUCAUGUGAACAUCGAUCCAAGCUGUUCUAAAUGUGGUUUUCAGCCUGAAAAUGGUGACCAUAUUCUCUUCGAUUGCCCCUUUGCUCGAAAUGUUUGGUUCGGUAGUCCUCUUCAAUUCUCUCCUCCUGAAAGGCCGAGCUUGGUGGAUUGGAUUUAUAGCUGGAAUGUUUGGUUCAAGCAAGAUAAAAAGAUGGCUCGAGAAGCUAUCUCUAGAGCUUCUUUCAUUUGUUGGUACCUUUGGCGUGCCCGAAAUGAGCAGGUGUUUAAUGGCAAGACUUGGGAUCCAUCAGAUGUGCUUCAAAUGGCUGACAAAGCUUUCGUGGAGUUUUCUAAUGCUGUCCGAUUUUCAGGGGGUGCUUCAAACUCCUCUUCGGUUGGCUUGGGGAACGAUAGUUCUCAUCGAUGUUCUUUUUGGACUCCCCUGCCAAUGGGCUCGGUUAAAGCAAAGCGUGAUGCGGCUUUCCUUCUUGAGACAAGUAGGGGAGGACUGGGAAUUAUUUUUAGAGACCAUUCUGGUGCUUUGGUUAAGGCUCGUUCCAUCCCUAUUGUUCUUGGUUCGAUCAUCCAGGGAGAACUGUUGGCGAUUCGUGAUGCUCUACUUUUGGCUUUAGAGCUGGGAUAUGAUAAUCUUGUGGUGGAAUCGGAUAGCUUGGAUGCUAUUCUUUUUGUUGAGGGGUCAAAGUCCCCAGGGUGGGAAGUGGAGGACUUAGUAGUGGACGUGACUACGCUAAGGACUUCUUUUUCCUCUGUUAUCUUCUCUUUUGUUCCUAGGGCUAUGAACUGUGUCUCGGAUGCUCUAGCAAGGAAGGCGCUGUCUAUUGGGUACAUGACAGAUUGGCCAAACUCCAUUCGGUGGCUUCAGGACCUUUGUGUGAUUGAUGCCACUGGUUGUACUCACCCCUCUCAUCAAUAA